AUGCAGAUCCUCACGCUGCUAUGCAGCGUUCUCACCCUCGUGCAUGCAGAACCACAUUUCUCCAUCCGUGCAAAUUCACUCACCGUCUCGACAAGCUCAGGGCAGAUACGCGGUAAAAUUGACGCAAAACUUCCCAAUGUUCGACAGUUUCUGGGCAUACCAUUUGCGAGACCGCCAGUGGGAAAUCUGCGAUGGGCACCCCCACAGCCACUCUCACAGCCAGAAGCGAACGUGAUCGCGACCGAGUUGCCUCCAAGCUGUCCACAGUAUUUGAACAGCAAAGCGCCCUCGCCCUACAAUCGGGAUGUGCUGGAAUUCAACCUGCAGGGCUUGAAUACCACUGGUCGUAUCUCGGAAGAUUGUUUGACAGCCUCUGUGUGGACGCCACGGACCACAGGUGACGAGAAACUGCCAGUCUUGAUUUUCAUAUACGGUGGUGGCUUCGUAACUGGAGGUCAAGAUGUGCCAUAUCAGAUCCCUGCCCAAUGGGUGGACCGUCGUCCCGAUCACAUUGUUGUGUCAUUCAACUACAGAACCGGCAUCUUCGGAUUUCCUGGUGCUACCGGUCUCCCGAAUCAGAAUCUUGGCUUGUUAGAUCAACGUGCCGCCGCCGAAUGGUGUAAGAAGAACAUCGCUGCCUUCGGAGGCGAUCCCUCAAAGAUGGUGAUCUGGGGACAGAGCGCUGGAUCAGCUUCAGUUGACUUUUAUAACUACGCAUAUCCCAGUGAUCCUAUUGUGACUGGGCUUAUCAUGGACUCCGGCGUAGCUUUCCUCCCAAUUCGUGGAGACCCGACAGGGUCUAACUUCAGUUUUGUCGCCAGCGAGCUAGGAUGCGAUUCGUCUGGCGAUCMGAACAGACAGCUUGCCUGUAUGCGGCGAAUUCCUGCGAUGAGAAUCCAGAGCUUCGUAGCUGACUACGCUAUCAAUGGUACCUCGCCGGCCCUGAGCUUCUCGCCAACCCCUGACGAGAAGGUGGUAUUCGCAAAUUACACGGAGAGGGCAUUGGCAGGCCAGCAGGCCAAGAUCCCUGCCAUAAUUGGCACCAACGCUCAAGACGGCGUGCCAUUCGCGCCUUACAAUCCCAAUGGACCCGAUCAAGCGUUGGCUCUAACAGGACUGCUCAACACAUUCUUGUGUCCAGCAACAGAGGCCAUUCGUAUCAGACAAGCUACCGACCGUAUCACAUACAGCUACCGCUACUCCGGCAACUUCUCAAACAUCGCUCCUCAGCCAUGGUUAGGAGCAUUCCAUUCGAGCGAGUUGCCGCUGUUGAUGGGCACGCAUCCGAAUUACAGAAACUCGAGUACGCAGCUUGAGUGGGAGACGAGCUGUGCUAUGCAAGACGCAUGGGUUGCCUUUGCGAGAGAUCCGGUUGACGGUCUUGCUUGCGAGGGAUGGCAGAGGUAUACAACGUUGGGUGCCGAAACUGUUAGAGAUUUCGGCCGAGAUGUUGCUGCACAGGAUGUCACUCUUGCGUCAAUGGAGGCAAUGUGUAAUGGGACAGUACAAAGGCAGCAAUGA